CGCCACCAUGGAGCCUCGCGGGCUUACGGGGCUGACUGAGACGCGGGCCGGCGUCUAAAGAGAGGGAGGCGCAGCGCAGGCAGCGCCGCCAGGGACCGGCAGGUCGGUCCCGCAGGCUGGUUCCGAAGGCCCGCGGACGCCGCCAUGUCGGUGCUGGGCGAAUACGAGCGACACUGCGAUUCCAUCAACUCGGACUUUGGGAGCGAGUCUGGAGGUGGCGGGGACUCGGGCCCGAGCCCCAGCGCCGGUCCAGGGCCGCGAGCUGGCGGCGGCACGGCGGAGCAGGAGGAGCUGCACUACAUCCCGAUCCGCGUCCUGGGCCGCGGCGCCUUCGGGGAGGCCACGCUCUACCGCCGCACCGAGGAUGAUUCACUGGUUGUGUGGAAGGAAGUGGAUUUGACACGAUUGUCUGAGAAGGAACGUCGUGAUGCCUUGAAUGAGAUUGUUAUUCUGGCGCUACUGCAGCACGACAACAUUAUUGCCUACUACAAUCACUUCAUGGACAAUACCACCCUGCUGAUUGAGCUAGAGUAUUGUAAUGGAGGGAACCUGUAUGACAAAAUCCUUCGUCAGAAGGACAAGUUGUUUGAAGAAGAGAUGGUGGUGUGGUACCUAUUUCAGAUUGUUUCAGCAGUGAGCUGUAUUCAUAAAGCUGGAAUCCUUCAUAGAGAUAUAAAGACAUUAAAUAUUUUUCUGACCAAGGCAAACCUGAUAAAACUUGGAGAUUAUGGCCUAGCAAAGAAGCUUAAUUCUGAGUAUUCCAUGGCUGAGACACUUGUAGGAACUCCAUAUUAUAUGUCUCCAGAGCUCUGCCAAGGAGUAAAAUAUAAUUUCAAAUCUGAUAUCUGGGCAGUAGGCUGUGUCAUUUUUGAACUGCUUACCCUGAAGAGGACAUUUGAUGCUACAAAUCCGCUCAACCUGUGUGUGAAGAUUGUGCAAGGAAUCCGGGCCAUGGAAGUUGAUUCUAGCCAGUAUUCUUUGGAACUGAUCCAAAUGGUCCAUGCGUGCCUUGACCAGGAUCCUGAGCAGAGACCCACCGCAGAUGAACUUCUAGAUCGCCCCCUUCUCAGGAAACGCAGGAGGGAGAUGGAAGAAAGAGUCACACUACUUAAUGCACCGACAAAGAGACCAAGGUCAAGCACUGUGACCGAAGCACCCAUUGCUGUGGUAACAUCGAGAACCAGUGAAGUCUAUGUUUGGGGAGGUGGAAAAUCCACUCCCCAGAAACUGGAUGUCAUCAAGAGUGGCUGUAGUGCCCGGCAGGUGUGUGCAGGAAAUACUCACUUUGCUGUGGUCACAGUGGAGAAGGAACUAUACACCUGGGUGAACAUGCAAGGGGGUACUAAACUCCAUGGUCAGCUGGGCCAUGGAGACAAAGCCUCCUAUCGACAGCCAAAGCAUGUGGAAAAGUUGCAAGGCAAAGCUAUCCAUCAGGUGUCCUGUGGUGAUGAUUUCACGGUCUGUGUGACAGAUGAGGGUCAGCUCUAUGCCUUUGGAUCAGAUUAUUAUGGCUGCAUGGGGGUGGACAAGGUUGCUGGCCCUGAAGUGCUAGAACCCAUGCAGCUAAACUUCUUCCUCAGCAAUCCAGUGGAGCAGGUCUCCUGUGGAGAUAAUCACGUGGUGGUUUUGACACGAAACAAGGACGUCUAUUCUUGGGGCUGUGGAGAGUAUGGACGGCUGGGUUUGGAUUCAGAAGAGGAUUAUUACACACCACAAAAGGUGGAUGUUCCCAAGGCCUUGAUUAUUGUCUCAGUUCAGUGUGGCUGUGAUGGGACAUUUCUGCUGACCCAGUCAGGCAAAGUGCUGGCCUGUGGACUCAAUGAGUUCAACAAACUGGGCCUGAAUCAGUGCAUGUCUGGAAUCAUCAACCAUGAAGCGUACCAUGAAGUUCCCUACACAACUUCCUUUACCUUGGCCAAACAGUUGUCCUUUUAUAAGAUCAGAACCAUUGCCCCAGGCAAGACUCACACAGCUGCUAUUGAUGAGCGAGGCCGGCUGCUGACCUUUGGCUGCAACAAGUGUGGGCAGCUGGGUGUUGGGAAUUAUAAGAAGCGUCUAGGAAUCAACCUGUUGGGGGGACCCUUAGGUGGGAAGCAAGUGAUCAGGGUCUCCUGCGGUGAUGAGUUUACCAUUGCUGCCACUGAUGAUAAUCACAUUUUUGCCUGGGGCAAUGGUGGUAAUGGCCGCCUGGCAAUGACCCCCACUGAGAGACCUCAUGGCUCUGAUAUUUGUACCUCCUGGCCUCGGCCUAUUUUUGGAUCUCUGCAUCACGUCCCAGACCUGUCUUGCCGUGGCUGGCAUACUAUUCUCAUUGUUGAGAAAGUAUUGAAUUCUAAGACCAUCCGUUCCAAUAGCAGUGGCCUAUCCAUCGGAACUGUGGUUCAAAGCUCCAGCCCAGGAAGUGGCGGCAGCGGUGGCGGUGAAGAGGAGGACAGUCGGCAGGAAUCUGAGACUCCUGAUCCAAGUAGAGGCUUCCGAGGAACGAUGGAAGCAGACCGAGGAAUGGAAGGUUUAAUCAGUCCCACUGAGGCCGUGGGGGUCAGUAGUGGGGCCAGCAGUUCCUGUCCUGGCUGGCUUCGAAAGGAGCUGGAAAACGCAGAAUUCAUCCCCAUGCCUGACAGCCCCUCUCCCCUGAGUGCAGCUUUUUCAGAAUCUGAGAAAGAUACCCUGCCCUAUGAAGAGCUGCAAGGACUCAAAGUGGCCUCUGAAGCUCCUUCAGAACACAAGCCUCCAGGAGUUGCCUGGCCUCCUCGGCUGACUUCUGCAGUAAUUUGUGCUGGGAAGGGAACACCGCCAACGCCCCCUACCUGUGCGUGUAGCACUCUGCAGGUGGAAGUUGAGAGGCUGCAGGGUUUAGUGUUAAAGUGUCUGGCUGAACAACAGAAGCUACAGCAAGAAAAUCUCCAGAUUUUUACCCAACUCCAGAACAAGAAAUUGGAAGGAGGGCAGAAGGUGAGGAUGCAUUCCAAAGGAACUCAGACAGCAAAGGAAGAAAUGGAAGUAGAUCCAAAGCCUGACUUAGAUUCGGAUUCCUGGUGCCUCCUGGGAACAGACUCCUGUCGAUCCAGCCUCUAGUCUCCUGAGCCUAUAUAGCCCCAGGAAACUGGGGUCCAAAGAACUUCACAGCACACUUACCGAAUGCAAAGAGCAGCUUUCCUGGCUUCGUUCACUUGCAGACAAGGAGCACAAGGCGGAGGCUCUGAAGCACUUUCCAUUGUACAUAUGGAGAGUGGCAUUGCCUUUUAGAUAGGAUCUAGGAGUGAUUUUAUUGUUUUGGAGAAUGGAAGGGCCCCAUGGCCCUGGCUUUGUCCUCAGUGACUGCCAUAGCAAUAGCAGCUCGGUACCUCAUCUGGUGAUCCCACCUUUGAAGAGGAGACACAGUGCUCACCUUAAUUGCGCUGGUAGCAGCUUGUAUCCCAUUUAUCAUUUGCACCAUUAAUUGGAAGCUGCCUUGGGAGUUCAACACCAGGCAUUGCACCUCUGAGUGGGGGAGGGACAAGUGUAAAGCUGGAGUGGGCUGGAACCAGAUGUGGCCCAUCCAGGGUCAUCUGGACAGUGUUGAAGUGUUCUGAGCCCUCUCAGGAACUCUGAGCCCAGGAAAAUAUGUCUGGUGGAGCCAACCUAGGGCUUGUUUUCAGAAAGUUCAGUUACUUCGUGCAGCUAAAUGCUUUAGGAGGAGAAGUGUGCUUAGAUUGCUUUUCCUCUGAGGAUUGAUUGAAAUUUUGUCAGUGAGAAGUAGAGAAGGAUGGGCAGGGCCCUCCUCAUCACACAGCUGGAGUUUCAGGCUGUGGCUGAUGCAGUAUGGGAUUUCCUAGCUUUGGAAGAUACCACUAAGAGAUGAGGUGAAGAAUUGAGUCAGUGGGGCAGUAGGAAUGGCCCUAAGAGAAAAUCACGAGGGAGAGAAGGUCCUCCUUUAGCUGCCUCUGCUUGUACCUUAGAGACGCCUAGAGUGACUCAGAAGGUUUGUGCCUCUCCCUCCAUGGCUCUUAGGGUUCUAGACAUCAGCAGCCCCAACCACUCCCUUUUUGUUUGUCUAGUCAGUAUUUUUCCCUUUUGGUGUUUUAUGAAGCCAUAUCAUUGUAACCGGUGAAUCUGUAUCAUCUUUCCUACUUGAGUGGCCCAAAGCAAGUACUAAACUCUGGGAGUCCCUGGAGCCUACCAGGACACACAGAACCUGCCGAGUGAAAGGACUUUGGCUGAGAGCUUACUUCUCAUCCUGUACUCACUGUGUCCCUGAAGACAGGAACAGACAUGCCCAACGAGAGAAAUAGUAUCCAAAAAGAACAAAACUUCACAUAUAAGAUUCUGAGCAAGCAUUUGACGGUUUCCCUAAGGAUGUGAGCUUUACGUUUCUACCUGGCCUUGUGAAACACUCCUUUAGUAAUAUGGAUAACGGGAUGCUUUGAUGAGUCUCACAUCCUACUUCCCUGCAAACAGCUAAAUUUUUAUUUUCCUCAAACCAAAAAAUGAAUGCUUGGUAUCUGUUUAGGGCUGGGGGAGGACCUGUGCAAUGGAAACUUUGCCAUUUCCCUAAAACCAUUGGUGUAAAGGCUGCUGCUCGGGGGAAAACCCCAUUCUGGGGAUGGGCAACUCUGUUCAGGGGGAUCUUGUUUGGUAUCAUGUACCCAUUGUUUUCUCAAUUCUGGGAAGCCUUGUACAACAGUACUAAUGUAAUCAUUGAAGCCUGUUAUUGGAAUAAGGGAAGGGGCCAUCCCUGGAUUAAGGUUACAGAUUCUGGGGACUUGGGAUUUGCUAUAAGCCCUUGCAGUGGGUUUUGGUUCAUCAUGUAAAUGCAACUUUGAUUUUUUUUAAGGACUGACUGGCCUUUCAUGUUCCUGUAUCCCUCACCAUCUCAGCAGGCCUGAGAGGCAGGGUCAGUUUGGGUGUUAAUCAUAGUAUUGCUUCUGCCAUGGGACUGAGGGACACAGGCAUGUUGCUAAGACUGUGAGAUGAAAGUGACAGUGAAGGGCCCAGAGCCCUGCCCUAGCAGAGGAACACCACGGUGGUUUGCUUUAGCAUGUUCCUAUAGGAAGUCUAGGUUUGCUAUUAAUCUGGCUGAGAAUUUAAGUUCUGUGCCUUAGAGACAAUUUGCACUUUCCCAAAUUGUGCCUGGGAUGACCAUAUGAUUUUUCCCACCAAAUAGCUAUGCAAACAGAAACCAGGUCAGAGGUGGCAGGUAUCCGUACAUUGGAUGAAGAAUGAAAGGUGAGGCAGCGGAAGUGCCUUUGAAUGAUUUUCUGCUGCUAAAUUCCCCUUUAAACUUUGUCCCAUGUUUCUUCUUUAUGCAGUGCUAGGUGUUUUAAGUCUUCCAGUAGUAUUGCUUUUGAGUUAUAUAAUAUAUCCUAAGUUACUCCUCUGCUCUGACAUUGUUGCUGAAGAACUAGCUUAUUGUUAGCCAAAUGUUUGAAAGGUUGAGGGUGGAGUGGUUUGGCGUUUCUGUUCUAAAUAAACAUUUAAACUCUCAACCAGUGCUAUGCCUCGGUAAGCCUGCGCGUUGACCUUAGUCACUGGGCAUAAAACAUCCAGAUCCUAGGCCUUCGUGAAUCUUUGAUUCAGUGAUUUUUUUUGUAUAAAUAAAUAAAUGUUCUUGUAACAGAAACAGGCAAGAACACUUGCACAGAAAUAAUUUUUGUGUCUUUCCCAUUUAUUCUUGCCAGCAGGGUCAUUUCUACUACUAAAUUUUUUCUCCAAACUUCUAAAAAAUAGUGUUGAAAGUAUAUAGGGAAAAAAGUAUAAACCACUAAAAGAGAAAGGAUCAUUUCUUGCACUUCUCAGCUUCAGUGGGCUUUCCCAAGUGAUGAUGCCAGUUUAUGUUUAUAUAACUGGUUUCCUUCAAAGAGGCUGAACUGUAUUUAUCUUCCUGGCAUAACACAGGAAACCCUGGUGGUGUAGUGGAAAUAAUCAUGAACAUUAGGGAGAAUGUCACGUCUCUGCUACCUCCUGUGUAGUUGUGAAGAGUAAGAAAUUGAUGACUGAAAGCAAAUGUGGGCUAAAAGGUGCUGCCAUUAAAUACAAAACCCCACUGCCGUUAAAGAACAGCAUGUCAGCACAUCUGCAUACACUGAGAUGAGUUUCCAGGUGAGUUUCACCGUGUUUUCCCCAUUGCCUAACCUUUUGGGCUUUAAAAUUUAUGUUUUCUUGCUCAAAACAUUCUUGGACAUGUAUGAAAUAUGGCUACUAUCUGCUGUCAUUCUCUGUGCUAUUCAGGAAAAGACUCAGAUAGGAAAAGGGCCGCUUACCUCUUCCCAAAGACCUGAUCAAGCUAAAUUUGAAAGACAAAGAUAUUUCCAAUAUAAUCAGGGCCUAAACAUUUUUUUAAACAUUUAGAGGAAACCCUGAUGACGUAGUCGUUAAGUGCUACGGCUGCUAACCAAAGGGUCAGCAGUUUGAAUCCACCAAGCACUCCUUGGAAACUAUGGGGCAGUUCUGCUCUGUCCUAUAGGGUCACGUGAGAUGGAAUCAAUGGCAGUGGUGGGCUUGGUUUGAUUUGGUUGGAAACAUUUAGAGAUCAAAGGGAACACUAAGGCAUUGAAUUUAUUUCUCUAGCAACAGACCAAUGAAUAACUGCUUAUAUCUAUAGAAAGCACUCCCCACCCGUUUUUUUAUUCUCCCUGGAGAGCCCUGAUGAUACCAUCCAGGGAUCCCAAAUCCAGGUGUCUGAGGGGCAGGCAGAUGAGUGAGUGUUGUGGGCCAGGGGGGCUACGGCAAUCCGGAGCUCCUGUCCUAUUUGAAGGAGCAGCUGAUUCUGAACUGCACCCAGCUGAUGCUAUGCAGGGUGGUUGGCCCAGUGUUUCCAGAGCUCCCAGUUUUUCAAGAGAUGCUCCAUGUCCCAAUUUGUAAAAGUCAGAUCCUAUUUUUAAUGCCAUGCCAGCCAAGUAAAACACAUCUGUGAAGCAAAGCAAGGAGUCCUGGUGCCACAGUGGUUAAAGCACUCAGCUGUGAACCAAAAGGUCAGCAGUUGGAACCCACCAGCUGCUCCUUGGGAGGAAGAUGUGGCAGUCUGCUUCCAUAAAGAUUUACAACCUCGGAAACCCUAUGGGGCAGUUCUACUCUGUCCUAUAGGGUUGCUACAAAUCGGGAAUCGACUCAAUGGCAUGGUUUGGUUUUGUUUUUUGGUGGGGCAAAGCAGUCCACUUUGUUACCUUGGCUCAUUCUUGCCAUCUAUUGCUUUUGCCAUCAAGUGUGAAAGAAAGGGUGUGCUUCACUGAACGUGCCCAGAGAAUGUCCAUAUUGGACUAAAUAUCCAGUGUGUCUGUGUAGAGGCACCAGAGGUUUCUUUAAGGGGCCACCCAAAGGGCCCGUACGUGACACCUCUAUCCCCCUGGAACAAAAAGAGCACAAAGCAAUUCAGUAGAUGCUGUUCUUCAUAUACAUAUAUCCUUGCCCACCGCCCCCCCCACCCCGCCUGCUUGCCCCAGCUUUGCUGCUAAAUCUUUUAAGUCAGAUUUCCAGUCAGUCUCAUCUGUUAGCCAGAUACUCAGCAAAGGGAAGUAGAAUAAGAGCAGCAAGCCAUUUUGUUGAUGGGUAAAGUAUGAUUUAGUUGUCUGUGAUUGCUUUGCCCAGCUGGCGUUGAGUGGUUUUUCUCCAGGGUUUUAAAUAAACAACUUGAGUGAUGCUCCCAGGAUAAAAAUCCUACCAGGAUUCGUAUCUGUUGUGCUAGCACCACUCCUGUCUGAUACUACCCCCUCAGACGUUAGCUGGUCAGCGCUCCCAUUCUGCAAGUCUAGGACUUACACAUCUUACUUAAUUUUAAAUCCCCAAAACCCACUUACCGAGGACCUAAUUAUAGAGGCUGCGUGCACUAGGCACUAUUCUACACAGAGAACAUUAAAAAGAUCUGGUCCUUUCCCUUCAAAGUUUACUCUCUACCGUGGUUAACUGGCAGAGACAUGUGCACUGUGCAAUGUCCAGCUUGCUCUGAUGAUGGAUUUUGCUGCCACAUUUAAAAAUCCAUUCAGCCAACCUGAUUUGAAAGCAGUGCUAGCAAUAGCUGAAACUGAGAAUUUCUUUUUUUGUUUUUUUUAACAUAUGAAACCCAUUAGAAAAGAACCACCACAGAGAGUAUUGUGUGCUUUCCCCCUAUCUCUUCCCCAUAAAGUACAUAAAGAUGAGGUUUCCUGUAUUACAUAGUGUACCAUAGGGAAGGUUUAGGAUAUGCUGGUGCCAUAACCUUACAUAGUUUCAUUGGCUUUUGGCCAGGACCAUGCACCAGGGAAGUUGAGAAUAGACUUCCAUUAAUAAUGCCUUCUGUAAGAUCUUACUUCUUUUAUAAGAGAUGCCAUCUGAGUGCCUGAUCCUCUGACACCAACUUAUCCUAAUAAGCCAUCCUGCAGGAGCAAAAAGAGUUCAUCAGAGCCACAGGCAUACAUGCAGAGGCAGAGGCAAGAAGGCACAACCAAAUGCAGGCACUUCGCUAGCACAAACCACAGGCCAGACUUGGGAGAAAAAAGCUUUAAUGUAGGUUGCUUGCUACUCAAGUGUCUUCCAUCAUCAGUCAUUGGGGAAAUAACACAAGGCAAACCAGCCUGAGGUGGUAAUUUAGUGGGAAGCUAGGGCUUCCUUCGUUCUCCUGUGGCUUAAAAAUGAUCUCUCUCCACUGAUUUCAGCUCUGCAGGCAGAUCUGGGAGAUGGAAAAGUUUUGUUUCUGCUUUGCAUCAAAUUACUUUCCUCCUAUUUACUGCUGAAGAGAAGCAGAGCCUUCUGCACUAUCCAAGGAGGUUUCCACUGUUGUCUGCUCAACUGUAAUGCUUCCUUGGAGGGGGAGGGCGGUUCUUGAUGGUCUUACAUUUGGGGAUGUGUCGCUCAGCCACUUGGGGCGCAAAGUGGCGGCUACAGUGAGGACACUGAAUAUAGUCUGGAUUUUCUGCAGGCAAGAUGGGGGGCAAGUCUGAGGGGUUUCCACCUUUGGCAAUUACCUGCUGGACCUCUCGAGCCUGACGGAGGGUACGGAUAAAAGACUCGUGCUUCUGUCUCCAGUUGCUCUUCCGAGGAGGUUCUGCCUAUAACAUAGAAGACAGAUCUUGAGUCUCUGUUAGACUGACAGGAAAUAAAGCAUUUAACCCACAAGUUCAAAGAGAAAAAGAAAAGAAGCAACAGUCAUAACUGACCGGCCAGAGUGAAGGCACUUAAACUUAGGGCCUGCAGAAGGGGUUACCACUGAAAAGUGAGCCAUUUUCCCCAGCAGAACCCUGAGAGGUUCAGUGUUGGAGUACCAGGUAGUGGAGAAGGAGGGAAGUGCAGGGCUGAAAACAAGCUCCUCUCCCAUCUUGCACACCCAAGUGUCAAACACCCCCAGCACCCUCACAGAGGUUUAUUCUUUGGAGAAAUUGAACCUGACAGGUUUCAGACUCAAGAAAUCUAGACACAGUGGAGAACGGGAUUAAUCUUGGGGCUGAAAAUGAGGAUUAAGUGAAAGUCCAAUUGUGGGACUCUGCCACCUUCCCCACCCAGCUCCCAGAGUACCAUGCACAUCAGUACCCUCUUAGGAGAUUGAAGGUUUCCUCUCUGGGUGCACUGCGCUGUCCAGAGAAAAGCCUUUGGACACUGACUCUAGUGGACCCCAGUUAAAAGGCUCACUAUUUGAUAAACCUAAUACAAAGGCCGCUAGCCAACAAGCCCCACCUAAGCUUAAAUAUGAAUGGAUAACCAAGGUGCAGUGGUAAAGAGCUCAGCUGUUAACCAAAAGGUUGGCAGUUUGAUUUCACCAGCCACUCCUUGGAAGCCCUAUGGGGCAGUUCUACUCUGUCCUAUAGGGUUGCUAUGGGUUGGAACUGACUCAACGGCAAAAGGUUUUAAGCCAAGGAUCAUCAGGUAUUUAAAGAAAGCUCUAACAAGAAAGAGACCAAAAGAAGGGCAAACAAACAGAACAGAAGCUCAGGAAACAACCAAGGCAGGUAGUAGAAUACAUUAAAAAAAAAUUUUUUUUUUUGCAAAAAUCAUAUAAACUAAGGAGUAUAAGAGAUUGUGUCCAUAAAACAAGAGUGUACUAUAAAAAAGAACCAGAGAAAACUAUUAUAAGUUCAAAAUUUCAUAACUAGAAAUAAAAACUAAAUAGAAAUGUUGUAAAAUGAUGCCAAGAAAAUUUCUCAGUGAUAAAAGAUUGAGAAAGAAAGUAGAAAAGAUUAAAGACUUAGAAAAUCAACCAGAAAGUCCAACAUCUGACCAAUAGGAGUUUAAAAAAAAAAAAAAAAAAGCAUAAGAUUAUUAAAUAAUACAAUUAAAAUUUCUAGAAUUCAAAGUCACAAGUCAUGAAAUUGAGACUACCUACAAAGUAUCCAAAACAAUCACUGUAAAAUUUCAGAAUAAAGAGAGGAUCCUAUUAGCUUCCAGAAAAUAAAUCAUAAUGGGUUUCAUAUAAUGAAACAGGAAUCAAAAUGUCACCAGAUUUCUCAACAGCAACAGUGAAUGCUAAAAGCUAGUGGGAAAAUGCCUAACAGAAAGUCAUUUUCCAUUUAGAAUUCUAUACCCAGUCAAAUCAUCAAUCAAAUGUGAGGCUAUUAGAUAAGUAUUUUCAUUAAUGUAAAGACAAAACAUAUACCUCCCCUGUACCUUUCUUAGUAAACUUCAGCAAAACAAGAAGUCAAGAAAAAGGAAGACAGAGGAUCAUGGAAAGAGGGGACCCAACACAUAAGAGAAGCAAAGAGAAGUCCCCGGACAAUAGGUCAGUAACCAGGCCUAGAGUAUAACCAGCCUGGACUGGAGCAGGAGGAAAAGAGUGGUGGGAAGGAGGUUUCCAGGAUAAAAAAAAUUAAACAGACACAUUAUGGGAGUUUUUGAGCAUUAAAAAUAUAUAUAUAUUAACAGGUAUUUGACAUCAGGUAGGUCAUUUAGGGAAAGAAAAAAAAAAUUAGCUAUGUUUUUUUUUUUUUU